AUGGAUGAGAAACGCGCAUCCGAAGCGGCACAAGAGAAUUUGGACAAACUUUCCAAAACAAUUGUCCUGGUAGGGUUUGGAGGUUAUGAUAAACUCCAGACAUGGCAAAAGUCGGUGCCAGUGCCAGAAGAGGGCGAAAUACUAGUUGAAGUUAAAGCAUGUGGACUGAAUUUCGCGGAAAUUUCAGCGCGACAGGGACUUUAUUUUCCUCGUCCAACAUUGCCAGCAGUGCUCGGCUAUGAAUGCUCGGGGGUAGUUGUGAAGCUGGGCCUUGGUGUUACGGGUCCAAAGGUUGGUGCACGUGUUAUUUGCAUGAGCAAAUCUGGAUUGUGGUCUGAAUAUGUUACAUUACCAGUUGAUCAGUGUUUUGAAUUUCCUGAUGAGAUGAGUUUCGAAGAAGCCGCUGCAAUACCUGUCAAUUAUCUGACAGCUUAUUUUAUGCUUUUUGAUUUAGCCAAUUUACGACCCAAUAGAAGUGUGCUUAUUCACAUGGCAGCAGGUGGUGUAGGUUUUGCCGCUGCACAGAUAUGCCAGACAGUUCCAAAUGUAACUACAUUCGGUACUUCGUCAGAGCAUAAACAUGAUGCCAUCAAAGCAAAUGGAAUCACACAUCCGAUAGACUAUAGAACAAAAGACUACAAACAAGAAGUACUCAGAAUAGCCCCAAAAGGUGUGGAUAUCGUGUUGGAUCCAUUGGGAGGCAAAGACACAAAGAAGGGAUACGAAUUGUUAAAGCCAAUGGGUAAAAUAAUUGUUUUUGGUGGGGCAAACUUUGUUAUCGGUGAACAUCGCAAAAUUUGGAACUUGGCAAAAAAUUGGUUCCAAAUGCCAUCAUUCCAUGGUAUGACCUUGAUAAAAGCCAACAAAUCCGUCUGUGGAUUUCAUCUUGGAAUGUUACAGGAGGAAAAAGAUCUGAUCAAAGAAGGAAUUACAGCUCUUUUAGAGAUGUUUAGAGCGGGAAAAAUCAAACCAAAAAUUGAUUCAGUGUUUCCAUUUGAGAAGUUCAAACUGAGACGAGGUUUCUAUUGGCAAUGGAAUGACAUUGGAACAUUCUCAUUAUUGCCCACAUGA